AUGCCGCUCUACCCCACCAGUCCUGCCCCUCCGGCCAGUCCUGCCUCUGUCCUCAGCCACAGCCGGAAACAUACACUCACCUCGUUGGCAUCGAGUCGGUCGAGUCUUGCGUCGGUGCUAGAGGAGCCUGCUCCAGAACCAACAUCCUACGAAUCCACCGGCCUCCUACACUACCCGCGCGAGGUCAUCCUCUCCACUGGUGUCCCCGCAGCCUACCCAGAGCUAUGGGGGACGUAUACCCCUCUCGCAGCGCCGCGCCGGUCACGCCGCCGCCGCGUGGCGAGCUGGUAUACUCCCAACUGGGGGUGGGAACGGCUGCAGUUCUGA